AUGGAGCCAAUCAGAGUGACUUUUCUAGGCCCUGCAGCGUCCUUUUCCCAUCAGGCUGCCGUUGAGUGUUUUGGUUCUUCGGCUGAGUUGUCACCCCGCCUAUCGUUCGCGGAUGCUUUCGCCGCAGUUCAGCAGGGCGAAGCAGACUAUGCCAUCAUUCCCGUCGAAAACUCGACCAACGGAUCAGUUGUCCAGAAUCUUGAUCUUUUAGCAGACCGAUAUGGGCUCUACGAAGAUGUGAAUGUAUGCGGAGAGCAUUAUUUGACAGUCCACCAUUGCCUGCUGGUUCGAAAGGGCCUGUCGCAACCGGAUAUAAGGUCAAUAACAAAGCUGUAUACACACCCCCAGGCAUGGGGUCAAUGUGAGAAUUUCCUGGCAAAAUUCUUAAAAGGCAUCGAAAGGCAGGACGUUUCUUCGACCUCAAAAGCUGCUGAGACUGUCUCACUUGAGACAGGAGAACACAGUGGCGCCAUAGCUAGCCGAUUCGCUGCUGACUACCACGGCCUAGAUGUGCUCUCGGAAAAUAUCGAGGACAAGGCCGAUAAUACAACGCGAUUCCUCGUUCUGAGGAACACGAAGUCAGAACGUACAGCACGGCUUUCAUUUGACGCUGUGAAGGCGCCCUCAGCCAACUUAAACCCCCGGCUCACACCGUCUGCGGAAAAAACUCUGAUUUCGUUCAGAAUCCGUCAGGAUUUUCCAGGGGCACUGGCAGACGCUCUGUUGAUAUUCAAGGAUUUUGGUAUGAACCUUACCAGCAUCAACACGCGACCGAGUCAGAGGAGGGCUUGGCAAUAUGUAUUCUUCGUUGAAUGCCAACAAUUCCCUACCGACCAGAAUAGCCAGGGGGUUACUAGAAUUCUGGAUAAGAUGCAGCAGGUUACUGAGGGCUGCAGACAUCUUGGCACUUGGAAAGACCAACUUCCAACUAGCAGAGUUUAA